AUGAGUUCUAGUAAAAUAUUUGGUCCAACUAGGGGUGUUCAUGCCUCCAAAACUGCGCCCAUUUUUUCUUUAACAAAGAGCUUUAUAUCACUGCCCAAAAAGAAACUGAAGCUAAUUCAUACUAUCAACAAUGGCGUCUUCAGCUGUAGCUUCAAGCUCCACACUUCAUGUCAUCAACAAGGUGGUUUUCAAGAAAAUAUUUUCUGUCAGCAGACUGAACGCAAACCAGCUACCACUGGCUCAGUUAAGACGGGGAUGACUAUGACCGAGAAGAUAUUAGCUAGGGCUUCUGACAAGCCUGAAGUUACUCCUGGUGAUAAUGUGUGGGUCAAUGUUGAUGUUCUGAUGACACAUGAUAUUGGUGGCCCGGCCUCUUUUGGAGUUUUCAAAGAACAAUUUGGACAGAAAGCUAAGGUUUGGAAUCCUGAGAAGAUUGUCAUCAUACCUGAUCACUACAUAUUCACGGCUGAUGAGCGAGCAAACCGUAAUGUGGAUGUGUUGAGGGACUACUGCAGUGAGCAAAAUAUUAAGUACUUCUAUGACAUUAAAAAUCGUGGGAACUUCGGGGCUAAUCCAGAUUACAAGGGCGUCUGCCACGUUGCUCUUGCCCAAGAAGGUCACUGCAGACCUGGAGAGGUUUUGCUGGGAACAGACUCUCAUACAUGUACUGCCGGAGCGUUUGGGCAGUUUGCUACCGGAAUUGGCACUACAGGUGCAGGUUUUGUGUUGGGUACUGGAAAGCUUUUGCUCAAGGUGCCUCCAACUUUGAGAUUUGUCAUGGAUGGCGAAAUGCCAAGUUACUUGCUAGCUAAGGAUUUGAUUUUGCAAAUAAGUACUGUUAUAUAUACUCUGUGGCUCAUUUCUGUCAGUUGGAUGUCUCAUAUUAUUGGUGAAAUAUCUGUGGCUGGUGCUACAUACAAAACAAUGGAGUUUGUUGGCACCACAGUUGAAUGUUUGAGCAUGGAAGAAAGAAUGACAUUAUGCAACAUGGUUGUUGAAGCUGAUGGAAAGAAUGGUGUCAUCCCAGCCGAUAAAACAACUUAAGAAUGGACCCAAGCCGUGGGACAAGACUUCUGUGCCUUAUGAACCUGUUUAUAGCGAUAAAGGAGCCAGGUAAUUAAAUACUGUUUAUCUUCUUUUCCUGAAGCCAUAGCGGUUUCACAUCAUUCUAGUGUGUAUGUCCUGUAUCUUAGUCUUAAUAUAUCCUAACAAUCAACUUGAUUCACGUGCCUGACUUUUAGUGCUUCAAAUACCAGUACUUCCAAACUGUAUUGCAAAAAACAGAAGGAAAUGUUUAUUCACCAUGCUUCCUCACAAUACAUUAAGGUCGAGCUGCGGUACAUUCUAGUGGUUCCCAUUUGUCAAAAUUGUGUUCAGUGUUAUCUUUCCUCAUUUGGAAUUUCAAAUUGAUUGUGUUUUUCUUUCUGAGAUCCUCCGUAUUAUGCAUUCUUGUCUCCGUUUCUUUCUCUGAAAUGUAGCACAACAAAAGUUGGCUUGC